ACUUCCGCCUUGCCUCUGUGUUGUCGUCCCCGCUCUGGCUGGGGGUUGUAGGGAUCGGUGCGGAUAUUCAGUCAUGAAGUCUCGGUAGUGGCAUCUUCCGCAGCGACGCGGCCAGUGAGCCUGUUUGUGUUCCAGUCGUCCGGCUUCUAGGUAAUUUUACGAGAUGCUGCUCUCUAUAGGAAUGCUCAUGCUGUCGGCCACACAAGUCUAUACCAUCUUGACUGUCCAGCUCUUUGCAUUCUUAAACCUACUGCCUGUGGAAGCGAGUAUUUUAGCUUAUAAUUUUGAAAAUGCAUCUCAGACAUUUGAUGACCUUCCAGCAAAAUUUGGUUAUAGACUUCCAGCUGAAGGUUUAAAGGGUUUUCUGAUUAACUCAAAACCAGAGAAUGCCUGUGAACCCAUAGUGCCUCCUCCACUAAAAGACAACUCAUCUGGCACUUUCAUUGUGUUGAUUAGAAGACUUGAUUGUAAUUUUGAUGUCAAGGUUUUAAAUGCACAGAGAGCAGGAUACAAAGCAGCCAUAGUUCACAAUGUUGAUUCUGAUGACCUCAUUAGCAUGGGAUCCAACGACAUUCACGUGUUUAAGAAAAUUGACAUUCCAUCAGUUUUUGUUGGAGAAUCAUCAGCUAAUUCCCUGAAAGAUGAAUUCACAUAUGAAAAAGGGGGCCACAUUAUCUUAGUUCCAGAAUUUAGUCUUCCAUUGGAAUACUACCUAAUACCCUUCCUUAUCAUAGUGGGCAUCUGUCUCAUCUUGAUAGUCAUUUUCAUGAUCACAAAAUUUGUCCAGGACCGACACAGAGCUAGAAGAAACAGACUCCGUAAAGAUCAACUAAAGAAACUCCCUGUACAUAAAUUCAAGAAAGGAGAUGAGUAUGAUGUAUGUGCCAUUUGUUUGGAUGAGUAUGAAGAUGGAGACAAGCUCAGAAUCCUUCCCUGUUCCCAUGCUUAUCACUGCAAGUGUGUAGACCCCUGGCUAACUAAAACCAAAAAAACCUGCCCUGUCUGCAAGCAAAAAGUUGUUCCUUCUCAGGGUGAUUCAGACUCUGACACAGAUAGUAGUCAAGAAGAAAAUGAAGUGUCAGAACAUACCCCUUUACUUAGACCUUUGGCUUCUGUUAGCACUCAGUCAUUUGGGGCUUUGUCAGAAUCUCGCUCCCAUCAAAACAUGACAGAAUCUUCAGACUAUGAAGAGGACGACAAUGAGGAUACUGACAGUAGUGAUGCAGAAAACGAAAUUAAUGAACAUAAUGUCGUGGUCCAACUGCAGCCUAAUGGUGAACGGGAUCACAACAUAGCAAAUACUGUUUGACCUUCAGAGAGCAAUUGGUUUAUGUCUCUUGGAAAUUAUAUUUAGGUAUAUAAUUUGAUUUUUUGGCUCCUUUCAGAUUUCUGUAGAAAUAACUUAUUUUUUAGUAUUCUACAGUAUAAUCAAUUAUGGAAACAGGCUUUUUGAUCCAGUAUUUGUCUGCAGGAGUAUACUUCAUUUCACUGAUAAGUAAUAAUAGAAAGGUGCUGUAACUCAAGCAUCAAACUCUCCUUUUGGAAUGAAAAAUAACCAAAACAUUAAAAAAAGAAAAAAAAAAAAUUCUCAGUAUAGCUUGCAACUAAGGCCUAGAUCACAGUAUGCAAAUGUUUUGUGUUUUACACAAAAAGUCUGUGCUGCUGCUACCUGGCAUGAGCUAACCCAACCUCUGUAAGUUACCUAGAGUUGUUGAAUUGGAAUGUUUGUUGUGGUAUUUUUCCAAAUUGCCAAAAUUAAUGAGGUAGCAAAGUAAGUUGACUUUUUCCUCCUAUCAGCACUACAAAGGAAAAGAUUAUACUCAAAGCUGUCUUUUUCCUUCCUAUUCUCAAGUAGUCAUCCUGUUAAGAAUGGUCUGUACUAGUGCAGAUAUCAAAAAAUUUUAAAAGGUUUUUAAUACUUUAUAUUGUGUUAUGUAUGAAUUUGAUUCAGCAACUAAUGCCUCUGGACUUUGCUUACUGAGUUACAGUAGCCUUUGGGUUGUGUGUGGCUGUUAUCAAAGAAAAAAAAAACUAAAAAUACCAAAUUCAGCAAUUGUUCAUACUCAAGAUGAUAUACCUCUUAAUAAAGAACAUCUUAUACUAAUUAGCCCUGCUAAACUGUGUACAGAGGCAAAUGUUCAAGUAUUGAAUUUGAAAAUAAGUGCUUAUGUUUAACAGAACUAAUGAUGUAUUUUAACCAUGUAUUAUGAAAAGCUAAAUUAUAUUAUACAUUAUAACUGUAGAAAAUAUAGACUUAUGUAUAUCAAAAUGCUAAAAAAUUUUAUAUGGCCUUGUAAGGGGAGUUUGAAUGUUAAUAAAUAUCUUUUCCACUUUAAAAA